UUCAAAAAUCAAAAGACUUGAUUGUCGGGACUUUAAAAAGUGAAAGUCGAGAAAUUUCCCAUGCAUAAAGACAACUGAAACAAAAGUCCUGUGUAAUUGCGCUAUGCAUGUUAAAUCAUGUGAAAAACUAGCCAUUUGAAAAGCUUGAGCAAAAAAGAAAAGAAAAGCAACGCAAAAUAACCAGACCCAACGACAAUGCGAACCGAAGCAGCUAACCUAGUCAAGUAGUGUAGCUGUCGUCAAGAGUCAAGAGGACAGAAACUAAAAUAAAACGCACGCAAGUGCGACAACGGACAUUUGUCAACGACAUCAGCAGCGGUAGCAGCAGCAGCAGUUAGAGCUGCAGUGAGAAUUAAACAGACGCUAAGGCUUUUAGCUGCAACACAUUAUUAGCAUUAUGUUGAGCGCUCGCACGCUCUGGUCGUCCUGGCAGCGCCAGCGCUACUCUAGGCAACAGGAAGCGGAAGCCGAAGCAGCGCCGAGCAGCCGAGAACAUAAACAAGUGCGCCAAAGUUCCAGGACAAACAUAUCAGCAGCUUAUGAAGAUGAUGAUGAUAAUAAUAAUGAGCCACAUAAUCAAAACAGCAGCAGCAACAUAGCCACACGGUCUGCAGCUACAAAUUAUGGCAUUUCCGGCUUACAACAACAACAACAACAACAGCAGCAGCAGCAGCAGCAACUAGCAGAGCCCACCCCAAAGUCUGUGCUAAUACCCAGCAGUGGCAUUCGCGCAUUUCCGUGGCUUUUCAUGCUUCUGCUUUCAGUGCAGAUCCUAUUAAUGGACUGCUCUUUGGCAUCGGCCGCAAACGAUAGCAGCAGCCUGAUAGCAGCAGCAGCAGCAACAACAGCAACCAAUAUGAACGCCAGCACAAAUUUAACGCUGCUCGUUGAGGAGACAACAAUCAACUCGUUAGCGCCCACUUUGACCACAGCGCUGGCUGAGCUGACUAAGCAAUCAACCGGACUGGAGCCGCUGGAUGAGGAGGAUGCGGAUAAUACCAGUGAAUAUAUAUUUGAUCGCACCGAUGUGCGCAUUAUAUUUAUAACGCUCUACACCAUUGUCUUCUGCUGUUGCUUUUUUGGCAAUUUGCUGGUGAUAUUGGUGGUUACACUCUCCAGACGCCUGCGCUCCAUCACGAACUUUUUUCUGGCCAACUUGGCCUUUGCCGACUUCUGCGUGGGUCUCUUUUGUGUCAUGCAAAAUCUUUCCAUAUAUCUGAUAGACAGCUGGGUCUUUGGCGAGUUUCUAUGCCGCAUGUAUCAAUUUGUGCACUCACUCAGCUAUACGGCAUCAAUUUUUAUACUUGUCGUCAUCUGCAUGGAACGCUAUUUCGCCAUUGUGCAUCCAAUAACAUGCAAACAAAUUUUAACUGCGGCACGUCUAAGGAUGGUUAUUGUCACCGUUUGGAUAACAUCGGCUGUCUACUCAACGCCCAAGUUCGUCUUCAGCAAGACCAUCAAGAAUGUCCACACCGAGGAUGGGCAGGAGGAGGAGAUCUGUGUGCUCGAUCGCGAAAUGUUCAACUCCAAGGUGCUGGACUUGAUUAACUUUGUGCUGCUCUAUGUGAUGCCAUUGCUGGUCAUGACUGUGCUCUAUAGCAAGAUAGCCAUUGCGCUCUGGCGUAGCUCGCGUGGCCUUACACCCCACCUCACACAGCAGCAACACCAGCAGCAGCAUCAAAAGCAGCAGCAGCAGCAGCAGUCGCAGGAAAAUAUCAUGAGCCUGCAUAACAGCAUGUACCAUCACCAUCAUCAUGUACACCAGCACGCGCAUCCGCAUCAUCUCCAUCAGCAGCAGCAGCAGCAGCAACAUCAGCUGGCUGCCACAACAACAGCGGGCGGCGUAGCAGCAGCAACACUUGCUUCCGCCAGCAGCAGCGCCACGUCCUUGUCACGUAAACAUAGCAGCAAAUAUGAGAAGCGCGGCGUCAGCAUCACCGAGAGCCAGGUCUCGCUGGAGGCGGAUCGUCCCAUUGUGAGCGCUUGUCGCAAAACGAGCUUCUACCAUCACUCCCACACACAUAACCAGCGGCAAGGCAAUGGAGGCGGCACCACCGUAGGCGUUGCCGUUGGCGGUGCCACACACAUGUCGCACUCAUCCAGCAACGUGCUGCGCGCCCGCCGCGGCGUCGUCCGCAUGUUGAUAAUAUUUGUGCUGACAUUUGCGCUAUGCAAUCUGCCCUAUCAUGCACGCAAAAUGUGGCAAUACUGGUCACGUUCGUAUCGCGGUGAUUCCAAUUUUAAUGCGCUGCUAACGCCGCUCACCUUUCUGGUCACGUACUUCAAUUCGGGCGUUAAUCCGCUGCUCUAUGCGUUUCUCAGUCGCAAUUUUCGCAAGGGCAUGAAGGAGCUGCUGCUGUGCUCCUGGAAGAAGGGCAAGGGCAAAUCAUCUUCCAAUUCAUCGAUGCAUCACAAGCGCAAGGCGCUGCAGACCCACUCGCUGCCAACGGAUACAACACAUAUUGGCAACGAGCAGCUAUGAUGGCCAUACUGCUGGAAGUCCGCCUUCAAGCUCUUCGGCCGUCGCACCUAGUGAGGCAAA